AUGUGCGAAGCUAUAUCACCAAGAGAUAGACUUUCAGUGACUCUCCGGUUCUUAGCCACAGGCAACACAUUCCAAGAUCUAAGUUUCUCCACUCGCAUCGCUCCUAAUACCAUUUCUAGUAUUGUUAAUGCAACUUUAGAAGCAAUAAUUCAAGUCCUUGAAGACAAAGUGCUGACGUUCCCAUCAACAGUGGAAGAGUGGAUACUUGUUGCCCAUAAAUUUGAGACAUUAUGGAACUUCCCUCAUUGCAUUGGUUCAUUAGAUGGCAAACAUAUAAAUUUUCGCCCCCCUCGGAAAGACGGAUCCAAAUAUCGCAACUACAAAGGGACAGACAGCGUGGUUUUACUAGCUCUUGUUGAUGCGGAAUAUAAGUUUUUAUUUAUUGAUAUCGGACGUAAUGGUCGUAUGCAUGAUUCGGCUAUCUUUCGGGAAAGUCCAUUGGGUAUUAGAAUAAAUGCUGGAAAUUUGAAUUUGCCGCCUUCGUGUGAAAUACCAGGAUUUAAUGAAAAACUUCCGUAUGUGAUUGUCGCCGAUGAUGCCUUUACUUUAAAAUCGAACUUGAUGAAACCGUAUCCAAAUCCAGGCUUGACACUAGAAAAGAGAAUUUUUAACUAUAGGCUGAGCCGCGCUCGUAGAACGGUUGAGAAUGCCUUUGGCAUUCUCGCAAAUAGGUGGCGAGUUUUACUCAUCCCCAUGUCCCUUGCCGUUGAUAAAGUUGAAAAAAUAACUUACGCAUGUAAGCGCUAUUAUCUGACAGUCAGCAACCUUUGGAGCAACGAGGUAGUAAUCGCAGCAGUAAUAGUAGUUUAG